AUGACGUGCAAUGUUGUGUUUCUCUUCAUUUUAUCAUGUUACGCCGAUGAUUAUCUCUUCCGAGCAAAAUUGAAUCCUAUCACACCAGCGACGCAAUUAGUUGCUGUUCCGCAACGCGUCCGAUAUCCCGUUAAAGUGUGUGGCAUGUUAAAUUGUUUCAAGCGGGAGAUCAUUAACACAAACUGCAAUUUUGUUGGGUCUCGUGGACGAUUCAGUUGUUACAAUAUUGAGGAGAACAAGUGCACUGCUCUUCCCUCCAAGAAGUUUUGUUAUCGCCUUUCAAACGUGAACAUGACUUACGUUUAUGUCAACAAGACGGGGAGUGACCCCAAUAAGUAUACACUCUACACAUUCAAAGAUGCGAUGUGUACUACACCGGACAAGUACGACAAGCCAUUCACAGCUGUCUGUUCCUCAAACAAUUUGAUUACUGGCAAAUUUGCUUGUGAAGGUGAAAAAUCGCCUCUUGGGAUGUUAUGUAAAGCACGAGAUACGUUUUAUAAUAACACAAAGAAAAGUGUUAUAAAGUCGGGGGAUGUGAGAAAUGUUGUUUGUAUUGCACUGAUAUUAAUUGCACUCAUUUUAUAA